AAUUUUUGUGAGGAGAAUCCACAAAUAAAUAAAUGAAGUACACUCGAAUGACUGGGCCAGGCUUUGCACCAUUUCCGCCAAGUGAACGCCAGGCCUUUUGAGCGCCUUCCGGCGAGAUUAGAACGCCGUUCAGUUGACAUAGAGGCCCAGUCGUUUCAGAACUUGCUCUCGUCGUUCCCUCCUCCGACAUUGCCGGCCAGGCCGCAGGGCCAGGAUGCGAUCUUGAGCCAACCCAAAAACCCUAGCCCCGCGCCGCCGUCACCUCACAAGCCGAACCGCAACACCCCCAAACGCCUGGCGAGCCCGUGCGUGCAGCCGCCGCGCGCGGCCACGGUCCGCUCAACCCGAUGCCGCAGCCCGAGCCGACGCAGCCCGGCGCCGAGACGCCGCCCAUCCGCCGCCUCCUCGAGCUGAUCAAGUCCGAGCCCGACCCCGCCUCCGCGCUCGCCCACCUGGAGCUCCUCGUCUCCACCUGGCCGGCCUACACGCCGCCCCAGCCGCUCCUCUUCCACCUGCUCCGCCGCCUCGCCACCUCCGCCCCGGCCCGCCUCCCGCGCCUCCUCGGCCUCCUCCCGAGCCUCCGCCAUCGCCCGCGCUUCUCCGAGUCCGCCGCGCUCGUCGUCCUCUCCGCCUUCUCCCGCGCGCUCAUGCCCGACGCCGCGCUUGCCGCCUUCCGCCGCCUCCCUGCCUUCCUCGGCUGCAACCCGGGCGUCCGCUCCCAUAACGCCCUCCUCGACGCUUUCGUGCGGGCCCGUCGCUUCUCCGACGCUGACGCGUUCUUCGCGUCCCUUUCCCAUGGCGCCUUCGGGCGCCGCAUUGCCCCCAACCUCCAGACUUACAACAUCAUCCUCCGCUCCCUCUGCGGACGUGGGGACCUCGACCGAGCCCUGAUGCUCUUUGACUCCCUUCGCCGCCGCGGAGUUGCUCCAGACCGGGUCACCUACUCCACUCUCAUGUCUGGGCUUGUCAAACACAGCCGCUUGGACAUGGCACUCUACCUGCUCGACGAAAUGCCCAGCUAUGAAGUACAGCCUGAUGCGGUUUGCUACAAUGCUGUGCUCGGAGGCUGUUUCAGGAGUGGUGAAUUUGAGAAAGCAAUGCGGGUGUGGGAGCAGCUGGUGAGAGAUUCGGGUGCAAGCCCCAACCCCUCCACUUAUAAUGCGAUGCUUGAUGGCUUGUGUAAGCUUGGGAGGUUUAAGGAGGCGGGUGAGGUAUGGGAGAGGAUGGUGGCAAAUAAUCACCAAGCUGGCUUGGUUACGUAUGGGAUUCUGAUUGACGGUUUGUGCCGGUCACGGGACGUGGAUGGUGCGGCAAGGGUAUAUUCAGAGAUGAUCAAGGCUGGGCUUGUUCCUGAUGUUGCCAUAUAUAAUUCGCUCAUCAAGGGGUUCUGCCAAGCUGGGAGAGUAGGAGAGGCUUGGAAAUUCUGGGAUUCUACCAGUGUUUCUGGCUUACGUAAUGUGAGAACUUAUAAUAUAAUGCUGAAGGGGCUCUUUGAUGGUGGUAUGCUCGAUGAAGCUAAAGAAUUGUGGGAGCUAUUGGAGAAAGACAUUUCGUCCUCUCCUGACAUGGUGAGUUUUGGCACUAUGAUCCAUGGGUUAUGUGAGAAAGGCUUUGCUAACAAGGCACUUCAAAUCUUAAUGGAAGCGCGGACCAGUGGUAAAAAAAUAGAUUCAUUCUCGUAUUCAUCCAUGAUAAGUGGACUGUGCAAGGAUGGGAGACUAGAUGAUGCAGUUAUGUUAUAUGAAAAGAUAUCUGUGGAUGGCUGCAAACUGAAUUCUCAUAUUUACAAUGCACUAAUAAAAGGGUUCUGCCAAGCAUCUAAGUUUAGUGAUGCUGCAAGAAUAUACGGCGAGAUGGAAAACAGUGGUUGUUCUCCUACUGUCAUCACUUACAACACUCUAAUAGAUGGACUAUGCAAGGCUGAAAAGUAUCAAGAUGCUUCAAGCUUUACAAAGGAAAUGUUAGAGAAAGGUUGUAAACUAGAUGCCAAUACUUAUGCUUCAUUGCUUCGUGGUCUUUGUAGAGACAAAAAGAUUGAUGCUGCCCUUGCUCUGUGGAAUCAAGUUCUUGAUAAGGGUCUUCGGGCAGAUGUCAUGAUGCACAACAUCUUAAUCCAUGGUCUUUGUUCUUCUGGGAAAGUAGAUGAAGCUUCACGUCUUCUCUCUGAGAUGAAAGAGAAGAAUAACUGCCACCCAAAUCUAGUGACCUAUAACACACUCAUGGAUGGAUUUUAUGAAAUGGGUUGUUUUGACAAAGCAGCGUCUCUGUGGACAGCUAUUUUAGAAAAUGGUCUGGUACCCGAUAUAAUUUCAUAUAAUACAAGAAUUAAGGGUCUAUGCUCUUGCCACAGAACACCUGAGGGCGUUCAAUUAUUGGAUGAGGUGCUUGCACAAGGAAUUGUACCAACAGCCGUCACGUGGAAUAUACUGGUCAGAGCUGUCAUCAAAUAUGGACCUAUUCAAAUAUGAUCUUUUAGAAUCCCUCUUGGUAAUAUCUUCUUUGCCUCAAUUCCGCACGAUAGAUUUCUGUUUCCAUGACCUAUAUUUUCACCUGAUUUUGUUCGAUCUUACUAUAAUAACACCUAUGUAGUUUCUCUCAUGUCAACCGUUGUGUUUGCUUGAGGGCAUAAUCAAGAAUUGCAGAUUGAUUCCGAUGUUUAGAAUUUCAGUAAUACCAACUGCUUUCAUAUUU